AUGUCUUUGAUCCUGUCUGCACUUUGCGGCACAGUGAACACUUGCCCUCAAUGUGAUGCUGACGUCCUGCACGUGUUCUCGCAGGACGAGGUCCAGUACGUCGGAGUGUCGAAGGAUGAGACUGUGAAGGUGGACGUGACGGACGCGGCUUGCUUUGACUUUGAGCUCGAGCGCGCCUCCCUUUUGCGCUCUCUGCGUGAGCGCCUCUCCCUUGAAGGGCUGGAGCUUGAGGACAUGCCGGACACCUCGAGCCAAGACUUCCUCCGGCUACUUCAAGAGCUUGGAUUCGAAAGUGCCCUGGCACGCGCGAAGGUGCAAAAGGCUUUUCGCGAAGAGAUGAUGUGCCGAAGGAUUUGCAAGGGUCAGAGUUCCAUGGACAUGAGACGAGGCUCCACAGCUGUUUCAACGAACCCUUCUUGCUUGGGCGAGGCGACGGAGAGCGCGGAAGUGGAGGUCGACACUGCGAGUGACGCUUCGAGCGACUUUGUACCGCAUCCUGAGGCAGCCAUCAGUGAUGAGAGUGACUUUGUACCACACCCAGGAGCUUACAUCUCUGACCUUUCGGGAUGA